UGAAACGACUGUGCCGUUCCUUCCUCCAAAUCGCGGUCGAUAGCAAACAGUGGAAGAGCUGCUUCGGCUCUCGGCUGUCCCAGUGAGUACUAUUUACUAUUAAAGCGUCUUCUCCCCGCGUUUGCUGUGGCACCCAACGAACCGUCGCUGUUGACAGACAAGCUGCGCCUUAUUGAUGCAGGAUAUCCAGCCGACCGGGAACGCAAAGUGAGUCGCAUCGAACGUCGGGCGACCAGUUCGCUUCACCGCCGCCUCUGCCCGCCUUCCGCACGCCGCCCGAUGCCAAAUCAUAGGUGAUUCAAGGAGCGCCCGACGCUCCUUAGCCCUGCGCUUGGUUGCUGGAUAGGAUAUCUGAUCUCGCCCGCCACCUCAAAUCGGCAUAAUCGCCUCGCAACCCGGCACGAUGGCAUCGUCCUAUGCCCUGCCGGCCUCAGCGCUCCAUCAACAUCAUCAUGGUUCAGACAACAACCUUUCACACUCACACUCCUCCAAUGGCCACUCCCACACUACGUCCCUGACCUCGCUGAGCCCCUCGCGGAGUCGUAGAGAGACUCGACCAAGCGGCACCCAUUCCCAUGGCCGGAGUCACCAUCAUGGUGGCGGCGGCGGCGACAACCCCUCGCAGUUCCGAACGAACUCGAACGUGCCCAUGCCCAUCAGCAUCCCUCCGCCAACGGGGUCGAGUGGUGGUCAGUGGAAAAUCGAAUCAACUCCCGGGGGCAAGGCAUUGGUGUCGCCGUCAGCGGCCAGCUUCGACGCCGCCGGCGUGUACGAGCCUCCCGUCGGGGCGCUGCCGAGGUCGCACUCCCAUUCGAGCCACCACGCCCAUGAUCAUUCGGGUCCACGGUCCAAGUUCACGGCGCUUCUGCUCCAGUACACCCCGAGGUGGCCAUUGUUGCAUGCGGUCGUGUCGAUCGAGGAUUCCCGGAGGAUAUUCUAUUUCAUGAGCUUAAACUUUGCAUUUAUGGCGGUGCAGGCGUUUUACGGUUACGUGACGGACUCGCUCGGUCUUCUGAGCGACAGCGUGCACAUGUUUUUUGAUUGCGUGGCCCUGGCGGUCGGGCUGUUUGCCGCGGUGGCCAGCAAGUGGCCUCCGAGUGAUAGAUUCCCGUACGGUUUUGGGAAGAUCGAGACGCUGAGCGGUUUCGGCAAUGGCGUCUUCCUAAUCUUAAUCAGUGUGGAAAUCAUGACGGAGGCGUGCGAGCGGAUAUACGAGGGCAGGGAGACUAAGAGGCUCGGGGAGCUGUUUGUCGUCAGCACGGCCGGGUUGCUGGUCAAUCUGGUGGGUAUGAUGGCAUUUGGGCAUCAUCACCAUGGCCAUGGUCAUGGCCAUACCCAUAACCACGGGCAUGGUCAUUCUCAUGCUUGCAACGGCCAUUCCCACAGCCGCCACGACCACGACCACCUCCACCUCCACAGCAACGGGCACGACGAGAAGCACAGCCGCCCGCGCGGUGGACCGGCACAUUCCCAUUCCCACGACAACGAGAACAUGCACGGCAUCUACCUCCAUGUGCUCGCCGACACGCUCGGAAGCGCGGCGGUCAUCGUCUCAACCGUGCUCACCCACUUUUGGAAGUGGCCCGGCUGGGACCCGCUGGCGUCCUUCCUCAUCGCGGUUCUGAUCCUGCUCUCGGCCCUGCCGCUGGUGAAGUCGUCCGCGCGACGGCUGCUCCUCACGAUCCCUCCCGAGAUCGAGUACAACUUGCGGGACACGCUCUCCGGCAUCACGGGCCUGCGGGGCGUCGUCGGCUACGCGGCACCCAAGUUCUGGCUCGACGACCGGGAUGCCGGCCAGGACGGGGGCGCCCCCAACAAGCUCUUGGGGGUCAUGCAUGUUGUCGCGGCGCGCGGGGCCGACAUGGAAGAUGUGCGGGAUCGCGUGAGGAACUACCUGCUGGAGCACAACAUUGAUGUCACGCUGCAGGUCGAGAGGGAGGGCGACACGAGCUGUUGGUGUGGUGUCGGGCGCAGCCCGCUGUCGCAGACGCAUCGGACGACGCAUAGUACCGGUAUUUUCUGAGCGAGGUCAUCUACCCUGCAGAUGUUUUAUUUCUUCGGAAGUGCGUUGGAGAUAUUGCUUCCUCAGGAGAUAUUCGUCUUGGAGGAUUUAUUGUACAACAUACGGGUUGGAUUUACAGCCUUGAAAGAUAUUUCUGGAGAACUCAUGUCUUGGGCUUAAUAUUCUUCAACAGGAGAACCCUAUACCUAAGAAAACGCUUCUCUUGC